UAACCAAUAUUUAUAUUCGGAUGGCCUUCCUCGUGGAAUUUUAUUUCUGAUAACUAAGCAAAGUCCACAGUCGCUUACGAUCAAGAGACGCCCGGGAGAGACGAAAACUGACUAUAGAUCUUCUGCUCGAUCUGCUCAAGUCUGGAACUUUAAGACCGUGGAGUAGAUUAUCAUUCUUUAAAGAACGCUAACACACCUACAUGUCGAUAAAACAGGUACGGAAAUCCAGAGGCUGUUCUUUAAGUAAARACAUCCAACAUUUUAUGCUAAGUCCUGGCAAAGGGAAUGUCUCAAUCAUUGUUGAACAAUAAGAAUGGAAAGCUUGAAAAGGAAAAUCAAAACAGCACACUCGUGGCCUUUGCUGUGUUUGGGUGUCUUAUCCAUGUAUCAUUCUCGGUAAUCCUAUCUGGUACUCAAGACAUUCUAGCAGGAACGCAUAUUCCAACAGCAAYUUUACUAUCUGUUUCUAUGGUCCCUCAGUUCUUGGUGGAAUCUAUAGCUCCUUACUUCUUAAAGAAAAUACCACAUGUUGUACGAGUGUUAAUAGUUUUUAUCAAUGCCUGUGUUGGCUUUAUCAUCGUAGCAUACGUAAAUCAAGUCUACUGGAAAAUCGCUGGAGUUGCAGUGGUAACUUCAGGUUCAGCAACUGGUCUUAUAAGUAUGGCUUCGAUCCUAUCCUACUUUACACCAUCCGCCACAUCUGCUUUCUCAACAGGGUGUGGUAUAGGAAUAUUUGCAGGGACCCUGUAUUAUACAGCCUUAACCACGUGGUUGUGUGUGUCACCCAACGUAACAAUAGUUGUUCUGUCGCCUCUGUCCAUCCUUUUUCUUGUGUCCUAUUAUAUCAUCGAUCGAAACAAAAACAAUAAAUACCCUGACUCUACAAUCCACAAAGACAUCACCUACACAAAAAUAGAAGACAACGAUACAGACGAAGAAAAAGACGAGGACCCACAACAAGACAGAGAAAAGAAACUAUCAACAAGACACUCAAGGAACAUGACACCCGAUGAUGAAUCCCUAACAAGAAAAGAAAAAUUUCUGGUCAUAGCAAAGUUGUUUUCCCUAACAGUUCUACCUACUUUUUUAACUGUUUUUUCUUAUUUUCUUUUAAAUCAGUCUGUCAUCACGACAAUUGCCUACGAGAACGCUCCCUUUAGACCACGUGAUCACUAUCAAUAUUACGUUUUUGCCUUUACGUCUGGGGAGAUGAUUGGUCGAUGUCACCGCGUUUUGCUUUCUCUGGUCAGCUUACGCUGGAAUUAUACCCCAUCUCGUAAACUGCUGUGGACGUUUUCUGUUAUAGAGAUCUUUUCUUUGGUUUUCUUAAUCUUCGAGUCUUGGUAUCGUUUUUUACCUAGUGUUGCUGUUGUUAUCUUUUUCUGCAUUCUUUCAGGGACCAUUUUGGGCUUAUUGUUUGAGAAUAUGCUUCUAUUGCUUCACGUCACAUUUGAAGGGAAACGGCGCGAGUUUGUCAUGCCAUACGUCAUGUUUCCUUUUUCUGCAGGAUUACUAUCGGCUGCUUUCGUUGGGUUGUAUGUCGAGUCUCGUUUACUGGAACACUGCCUUUCAUUGGUUCAGGAUAGCGCUUACUGUUUCACGAGAUCUCAUUCCUUGAAAGAUGUGACUGUUGGAUGCAGGCAUAAUUAAAUAAUAUUACAACUCCAUGGUUCAGGAUAGUGUUUUCUAUUUCACAAGAUCUUAUUCCUUGAAGGAUGUGCCUGUUGGAUAUACAGGAUUGCUUAAUUUUGCCUGCAGGUAGCCUUAUUGCGUGCGAUUGUAGGGUGGGGCCGUGAUUUCUGAGCGUGUUUGUAGAGUGAUUGGCUUGUGGAAGAUAAAGUUGAACCAACUAAAUGAGUGAAUAAUGUUUAACCAGUUCUGGUUUCUAUGAGUUCUCUGAGACUUCCCAACUCACCUUGCCGAUGUCAAUACACUCACCAUUAUUUAUCAUUCAACAUAGAGGGAAUGGCGGCACACGGAAGCUCACUUAGCCUUCACUAGAUUUAUUCAUAGCGUUCAACGGGACAAUCUAAGGACUCUAGGUCCACAGGAGCACCCCGUACAUACAAAAAAAAAAACAACAAAAAACAAAAAAAACAAACACAAAACAACAACAACAACAAAAACAAAAACAAAACAACAACAAAAAACAUGUAGUACAUGAUGCCACAUGCAAACGGUCGGUAUGUUUUAUAGAGGGGUUUUACACUAUCACUUGACAGCAGCCAUGUUAGAGGUCCGGAACAAUACAAUUGUUUUACAUGAGAAAGAAUUCCGUUCCCGAUAGAAAAGGGAUUCUAUUGUUUUGUCAUCUAACCGCAGGCAGUCCAAGCUGUAUUAUGAGUGCCGGCAGGUGAUGGUGCAAAACCUCUAUUGACGGAAUCGAAAUAGGAUAACCACCUCCAUUUUUGCCGUAACUAAUUCAAAGGAAACUACCAACCAUUCGUCCAGUGAUAGGGAAUCUAAUUUAAAUCAAAGUCAAAGGUUAAAAUAAAAUCGGGGAAAAAUGCAGUGUAAAAUGUUUUUGUGCUACUUUGUUUUCGAUUCACUCGUGUUACCUGGAUCCUAAGCCUCAGCUCAAACGUCGAACUUCACAUGAGCCGAACCUAAUGUCAUCAAGGAAGACCGUUGUUAUUCGUUGUUUCAAUUUGGUUCGGUUCGUGUGAAGUUCCACGUUUGAACUGAACCUAA